AUGUCACUCACUUUAUCGAUAACCGGAAACUCGUCCACCUUGUCUACGUACUAUCCUAAUACGUUACAACUAAAUGGACAGUAUGAGUGUGCAUUAUUGCAUUUCUCAACAUUUAAUUCUAUUCCAAACAUUGAUGUUACGAAUAACAAGUUUUACUGUGGUUCCGAAAUCAUUGAAAUACCGGAGGGAACCUAUGAAUUGCAAGAUAUUAGUGAUUAUUUAAAAUCUGAGAUAAAAGGUGCAUCAAUUAAACUACAUUGCAAUAACAAUACUUUAAAAACUACUAUACACUGUACGAAAGACAUCAAUUUUGAAAAAGAAAAUACCUUUAGACAUUUGCUUGGUUUUGAUAAGCAGAUAUUAAAAGGUAAUAAAUGGCAUGUGUCACAGUUUCCCGUCAACAUUUUACCUACGACCGUGGUCAGGGUUGAAUGUGAUAUCAUAAGCGGAUCCUACAUAAACGGAGAACCGAGUCACAUUAUUCAUGAAUUUGCACUCAAUGUGCCACCUGGAUAUAGGAUCAUAGAAAUUCCAAAGAACGCAAUAUACUUUCCAAUCAAUCAAAACAACAUAAGCUGUAUACAUAUCAGACUGUUAGAUAUUAACAAUCGUCUAAUAAAUUUACGUGGUGAAGAAGUACAACUAUAUUUACAUCUUAGACGAAAAAAUGAUUGA